AUGAGUUCGAGGCUCAGUAUAUUUCUCUGUCUGUCACUGCUAGCCCUAACCACGACUUUAGCCACCACAACAAAACCUCGAAAAUUGGGUACUAGACUCAUUCAUUAUGACUCUGUUUACUCUCCAUACUACAACUCUACCGCAACCACUGCAGACCGUUUCAGAUCUGCAAUACAGAAGUCUAGCAAACGUCUUACCUACUUAGAAACAAGGGCUUCAUAUUUUGUCGCAAGCGAUGAUGCUCGCGCACGCUUGGUUGCAGAUGACGCCGGAGUUCAAUUCAUGGCUAAUUUCUCCAUCGGAACACCUCCGGUUCCUCAGUUGCUGUCAAUGGACACAGGAAGCAAUCCUUUGUGGAUUCAAUGCAAACCUUGCACAAAAUGUUUUCGUCAGUCAAGUCCAAUAUUUGAUCCUUCAAAGUCAUCUACAUAUAAAAACUUGUCAUGUUACUCACCUUUCUGUUAUGGUUCUCCUCGUGACUUGUGUGACUCUUCGAACAAUUGUAAGUUCUCUAUUGAAUACGCAGAUGGAUCCAAGUCAGUUGGAAUUAUGGGGACUGAGAAGCUCACUUUUGAGACCAAUGAUGAGGGUGAAACAACAAUUGAUGAUGUGUUUUUUGGGUGCGGACAUGACAAUGGUGGUCUCAAUGGACAACCUAGUGGAGUACUCGGUUUAGGGUCUGCAAGUAUUUCAUUGGUUUGGAAAUUGGGCUCUAAAUUCUCCUAUUGUGUUGGUAGCAUAAGAGACCCUACUUAUAGUUUUAACCGAUUAAAUCUAGGAGAUGGAGUAAUAAUCGAAGGUGAUUCAACUCCACUAGAAUUGUACCGUACUAUGUAUUUUCUUACACUCGAAGGAAUUAGUGUGGCAGAAAAUAUGCUAAAAAUUGAUCCACGAGUCUUCAAGAGGACGCCUUCCGGUACCGGCGGAGUUGUUAUUGAUUCAGGAUCAACAAUCACUUACCUUGCUACUGAUGCAUAUAACUCACUAAGUGAUCAAGUGAAGAGUUUGCUAGAUGGGAAGUUGGAACGCGUUAUCAAGAAUCCGAAGAUAUUAUGCUACAAGGGAGACAUCGAUAGGGAUCUCUCGGGGUUUCCGGUGGUUACGUUUCACUUUGCGGGAGGAGUUGAGUUAGGAUUAGACACUGGAAGCAUGUUUAUAAAUAAUGGUGCAGGUGGAUUUUGCAUGGCUGUGCGAGAAUCAAAUCUUAAUGGUUUGAAUCUUAUUGGAAUAAUGGCUCAACAAAACUAUAAUGUUGCCUAUGACCUUUUUGGAAAGGCAGUUCAUUUUCAGAGGAUUGAUUGUGAACUUCUUGAAGGUUAA